CGACGACAGCAGCGAGGCCGAACCGCACGACUAUAUACCCCAUCGACGACGAGGACGGCAAGAUGUCUUUUCGCGGAACACCACGAGGCGGCGGUGGAGGUAGAGGGGGCUUCGGAGGUCGCGGCGGUCGCGGCGGUUUUGGAGGCGCUGCAUCUUUCGGACCUCCAGCGCAAGUGCUUGAAAUGGGCACGUUCGUUCACGCAUGCGAGGGAGAGAUGUUUUGCCAGUCGAACAACCCUAAGAUUCCGUACUUCAAUGCGCCGAUCUACCUCGAGAACAAGACUCAAGUGGGCAAGGUCGACGAGAUUCUCGGCCCGCUGAACCAGGUUUACUUCACGAUCAAGCCCCAGGAGGGCAUCCAGGCCACAUCCUUCAAGUCCGGUGACAAGUUCUAUAUCGGUGGAGACAAGUUGCUGCCGUUAGACAAGUUUCUACCAAAGCCGAAACCCCCGCCAGGAGCCCCUAAACCGAAGCGAGCUGGCGGCGCUGCCCGUGGCGGUGCCCGAGGUGGACGCGGUGGAGCCCGUGGACGCGGAGCGCCGAGAGGAAGAGGAGGUUUCGGUGAUCGCGGUGGAAGAGGAGGUUCUCGAGGCGGUUUCGGCGGUGGCAGGGGCGGCGGCGGAUUCUCAAGGGGAGGUGGCCGAGGUGGAGGACGCGGACGUGGCCGCGGCUUCUAGAUGUCCCGACGAAGACUGUGAUUCCAAGAGCAUCGUUAUGACUUGCGGAGGCUUCUUUUUCUGGACGAGACCAACCUAUUCAACAGGUUCUCCGAUACCACGGGGUGUUUCCGGCGUUAGAGGGUCUGGGCUGGGUGUACAUUGUAAACCUCCAGGGCUGUUUACAUGGGUGGCCGACUAGGCUCGCAAAAUGAUCUCACAGAAAGGUCUCAUGGGUGUAAUUCGACCGACAUUAGAGUUCAAUUCUGAAGAGUUACACAAAGGAACAGAAAUCUGGACCGCUCCUAUACACGUCGCAAUACAAGCCUGCGAAGAAGACAGCAAGCAAGUUGUCUGGUCGGAAACAUGGUUGAGACAGCAAGUCGAGAUAUCCGAUAAUCUAUCGUAAAACAUGCCACUGCAAGGAGCCAUCUGCGAGACAUAUCGGUAGCCACACGGGUAACAGUAAAAUGUUGCUCAACUUCAGCAUAUCCUUUCUUUCGCUGCAACUACUAGUAAC